UUCAGAAGGAUCUCUAUGAAUCUCCAACAGCGGAUUGAGAAACACCCGCCGAACAGUUGGGAAGUGAUCAAAGGUGUAAAUGUAGAAAAUUUGCUCAAUUAUCUUUCCAAGGACCUCAAAAGCAACAUAAAGCGUGAACUCUGCUUAGACCUACUAAAGAAAGUAGACGAGUUUGCAACCUGGAAUGAUACGAGUUUGGAUGACCUUUGUGAUUGUGUGAGGCCAGCUUUCUAUGAUGAGCGGACUCGCAUUGUUCGGGAGGGAGACCCAAUUGAUGAGAUGCUCUUUGUACUGCAAGGCAAUCUAUGGACCUACAGCUCCAGGGGCACUGCAACUACCCCUCGGAGGACUGAUCAUCACCCUAGUGAACAAGAUAUUCUUGAAGAGGGUGACUUCUUCGGAGAAGAACUUGUUGCUUGGGCUAGAGAUGACGCUUCACCAUCUAACCUCCCCAUCUCAACCAGAACCCUUCAGGCGGUUACGAAUGUCGACGCCUUUGUUCUUAUGGCCUAUGACUUGAGAAAAAUAUUAAUAAAGCACAAUCAGGAACUUGUUUCAGACAAUCUCUCUCUUGUUUCAUCUGAUCAGCAGCAAGGAGAGCCUGAGAUCACUGCAGAAGAACAAUAAAUU